CUCUCAUUCUUCUCUUCUCCCAAAUUUGAACCCUAGUAGAGAGCAUACUACCCUAGCCAGUAGCCACCGACAUGCCAGAAGCUCCUCAUUGACCAUGGGGGUUCAUAGUAGUGGCCAACAAUCCCUCAUUCAUGGCGGCAACAAGCAACCCCAAGCCUUCUCCCCAUACCACCAUCUUCGAUUUUUGUCCGGCUAUCACUGUUUGUUACUUCCAUCGUCAGACGUCUUCUCCGCCAUCGUUAGUGAUCUUUUCUACCAUCCUCAGUCCUUUUCUCCACGGUUUGCAGGAAAGAAGCUCUCUCUUAUUGACUCCGCCGCUGCCAGCGGCGCUCAUUGUCACUCCGACGAACCCCGCAACAGCUCUUAGGCUCUGCACCACCGUUUUCCACCGACUCUUCCGCGAUGUCGUUAUUGCCGCCAACAUUGCUUUCGGAGUUCGAUUGAAGAUGGUUUGAAAGGGUAAAGUAAUAAGAGGUAAGCAUUUACAAACUUUGAUGUUUGGUGAAACAGGACCUACAGUUCUCUCAUCAUGGUCCCGCACGACCAUUAAUUGAAGCUCAAACACAACUAAAGCACAAGAAGCUUUCUCCAAUGGUAUGGUUGCUUGACUAUCCUGCUCUUUCUUAAGUGCAAACUCGGGGAGAGACAAUUUCAUCCAAAUUUUUGAAAGAAAGAUGGAGGAAAAGUGCAAACAAUUAAGACAAAGUGGUCGUGAGCUAGCUGUUUCUUGGGCUCUUUGUGCUGUUUGUCUUGUUGGCCAUCUCUCUCAUUUCUUUGCAGCUAGGGCACUGUGGAUUCAUGCAUUUCAUUUUGUUGGAUUUCAUGUGUCAUUGUCUUUGUUUACAUUGCUUGGUCCUGGUCGCCAGCUUAUCUUAGAUGGACUAAAAAGCCUUCUUAAAGGGGCACCAAAAAUUAACACCUUAGUUGGUCUUGGGGCCUUGUCAUCAUUUACAGUCAGUUCAUUUGCUACGCUGCUACCAAAAUUGGGUUGGAAAGCUUUCUUUGAGGAACCAAUUAUGCUGAUUGCAUUUGUCUUGUUAGGAAGGAAUCUUGAGCAGAGAGCAAAAAUUAAAGCAACAAGUGAUAUGACAGGACUUCUUAGUUUACUACCAUCAAAAGCCCGCCUUCUUGUUAAUAAUGAGAAAACAGAAGUUGAUGAAUUGAAUUGUAGGCAAAUUCUGGAUGAGGUAAUCAACAUUCAAUUGAUGGUUUCUUGGUAAAUUUACUAAAAAUGGGUCAAGCAUUUUUCUCUAUAUUUUAGCUUGAAACAGAGGUUGUUAUUGGCUUAUUUGCAUUACAUUUGCAGUGUGUAAAUUAAAUUAUUAGUUUUGUUAUAGAAUUGUAAUUUUUUUAAGUGUAAUUAUAGCAUGUAAAUAAUUCAUGUAAAUCAAUA